AUGAGAGCUAUGGCAGUCUACAACUCAACUCUAUCAACACUCAAGAUGCUUCGCAGAACAGCAUUCAAACUUCCAUUGAGCCUAAGAGCAAUUCAUAAGCACAGCUUCAGCUCAACGUCACCUGCCAGAGCCGAUUUCACUCAUGCCGUUAUCGGCGGUGGUGUCGUUGGACUAGCAGUAGCCCGACAACUCGCGCAGCGGGAUGAUACUUCGACUGUGCUCAUUGAGCGCCAUAAUGCCAUUGGCACAGAGACAAGCUCGCGCAACAGCGAGGUUAUCCACGCAGGUAUUUACUACGGACCAUCGAGCUUGAAGGCGAAGCUCUGCAUUCGUGGCAAGAACUUACUCUAUGAGCUUUGUGAGAAACACGACGUUGGCCAUCGUCGUUUGGGCAAAUGGAUUGUUGCCCAGAACGAUGCGCAGCGGGAGACCCUUGAGAAGAUCCACGCCCUUUGUGAGAACGAUCUCGGUGUUCCGACGCGCUGGGUGAGCGGUGAAGAGGUGAAGCGUGACGGUGAAGGUGUCCGGGCCGCGUGUGCCCUCGAGAGUCCAACAACAGGCAUAGUCGACUCGCACGGCCUGAUGCUGUGUCUCCAGGGCCUAUUUGAGGAGUCUGGAGGCGUUUCGGCUCUCAAUUCACCCGUGAUGAACAUUACUCCUCUCGGUUCGAAGCCUGGCAGUGAGGGCUGGGAGAUCGAGGUCAAAGAUGCAGCUACAGGCGAGACGUCGAGUAUCACGGCCGAGACACUCAUCAAUGCCGCAGGCCUUGGCGCAGCGGUCGUUCACAAUAUGAUCGUUCCAUCUGAUCAACAGCAGGAGUUGUACUAUGCCAAAGGCAACUACUUCUCGUAUUCUGCCUCCCAGCCCAAGAUCUCGCGUCUGAUAUAUCCCGUCCCGGAGCCUGGUAUCGCAGGGCUAGGCACUCAUCUGACGCUUGACCUUGCAGGCCGUCUACGUUUCGGCCCUGAUGUCGAGUGGAUCGAAGAUCCAAAUGACCUAGCCGUCAACGCGGCACGACUACCACAGGCCAUCACUGAGAUCCAGCGCUAUUUACCAGGGAUAGAUGCAUCGGCCUUGGUUGCAGACUACGCUGGGAUCCGGCCUAAGCUAGCUAGUCAAGGUGAUGUUCUCAAGGGCAAGGGGUUCCACGACUUUGUCAUUCGGAAGGAAGCAGGAUACGAGGGUUGGGUAAAUCUACUGGGUAUCGAAAGUCCUGGAUUGACCAGUUCAUUGGCUAUCGCCGAGAUGGUCCAAGGCCUGUUAUAUGGAACGGUCAAGUCACCAGAGUAG